AUGAUGCUGGAGUCUGAAGAGACCAAGAGGGUCAUGUGUGCAAUGCAAGAGGCCAAAGGCUUGAUGGAGAUGAGGAACGUUCCAGAAGAUCGGAAUGUGAGGGAACCUGCACAUGCAGUUGGCCGUGGACGAACACUUGGAGAUUACAACAGGCCUGAGCAGUUCUAUGCAAAUCGGUCUGCGAUCCGCACCCAUGCGUUUGAGGACUUGUUGGAGCCAGGAUCACUCACUACUUGGGAGGAGACCAGGAAUGCCUUCCUGCACAACUUCUUUGAUGAUGCUAGGUCUGAGGAAUUGAGAACAAAAAUCUCUACAUUCUCUCAAGAACCAACUGAGGCGUUCAAGGCUUCUUGGGUGCGAUUCAAAUCGUACCAGCGAGACUGCCCCCAUCAUGGCUUCAGCGAUGUGCAGCUGUUAGGUAUCUUCUUCAGAGGUAUUGAUUGGAAGUAUCAGAUGGCUCUUGAUGCAGCGAGCAAUGGAAAUUUCAACACCAGAUACCCAGACGAAGCUGUUGAGCUCAUCGAAAACUUGGCGUCCAGCAAUAGCACCAAGAAUGCUGAUCUUGAGCGGAAGAAGCAAGCUGGGAACAUGGAUAGAUCGCAGAUUGCUGAGGUGAAAGCUAAGCUUGACUCUUUGCAUAGCCUUCUAGUGGGUAAGAAGUCUGUCAGAUUCGCACAGGAAGUGGAGAGUUUCGAACCUGAGGAUGAAGCUGAGGAGGAAGAUGUCAACUUUGUCAAUGGAUCAGGGUUUCAGGAGCAGAGGUUUGGUAAUCAGCAAGGUAACAGAAGCUUCAGUGGAAACAAUCAGAGGAGCACCUUCAACAGUAAUCAGAACUUCUCUGGUUACACGCCUAAGCCUCAAUACCAGAAGCCUUAUUCCACCAACAGUUUUUCCAAAAACUACAGUACUCCUUCAGCUCAACCUCAAACUCCUGACAAUGAGAUGAAGUCUAUGCUAGAACAAAUUUUGGAAGGACAGCAGAAGCUCACUGUGGACUUCAAUGGAAAGAUGGAUGCUUUCUACCUUGAUCUGAAUGGGAAAAUCGAAGCUUUGAACACCCAUGUCAAGCAGCUCGAUAUGCAGGUUGCUCAGACUGCAGGGUCUGUGAAACAACAAGAAGGUUUUCUUCUUGGGAAGACUGACACCAAUCUGAGACAUCACUGUAGUGCUAUCACGUUGAGGAGUGGUAAAAAUCUGAGUUUUGAUCCUAAGAAGACGCCUCCUGCAGCUGAAGUCGUGGAUUUGGAAGAUCCUGAAGAAGUUCCUGAAAUUGCAGAGCCGGAUUCGAGCGACACCACAACCAGUGUCUACAAACCUAAAGUUCCUUACCCAAGGAGCCCUAGGAAGUCCAAGCAAGAGCUCGAUGAUGCACAAUGCAAAGCUUUGAUGGAAAAGCUUGUGAUUGAGAUAUGUUUGGUUGAUGCUGUGAAAAUCACUCCUGUUAUCAGGCGUUAUGUGAAGCGAAUGGUGACCAACAAUCUCAGCCAUGAACAAGGAGUGAUGAUGAUUUCUGAGCAAGUCAGUGCUGUGAUUCAGAACUGA